UCUUUUCACACUUUGGCAUCGAAAAUGGCCACAAAUUUAACAACGGAGAAAAUAUUAUUUAUGUUGCCAUCACGUCCUCCUUUGCCAGCUUCUCACGUUCUCAGUGUUGUGCUGUGUUUUGUUGUGUGUGUGUGUGUGUUUCUUGAGAGCUGGUUUUGUUUUUGAGAGUUGUGAGUAUGUGUGUGUGCGUGUGUUUUUCUGUUUUGCUUUAUUUUUGAGAGGUGUGUGUGUGUGUGUGUGCGCGCGCGUGUGUUUUUCUGUUUUGUUUUGUUUUUGAGAGGUGUGUGUGUGUGUGUGUGUUUUCUUUUGUUUUGUUUUUGUUGUCGUUGAUUUUGUUGUUGCAUUGGCAUCAUGGAUCGCAUUUCCUCGGCGUCUUCAUCCGUGCACAGCGGUGAUGCUGCUGCUGCCCCAAGCUGCCACAAGCGCAGUAGGAAGGCUGGCAUUUAUGCUGAUCACAGCCAAGGAAGAAAGCCACCACCAUCUGUGCCGACUAUAUUGUUUGACUGGAACGGGGUCGGAGGUGUGGCUCAAAAUACAAAGCUCGGAGAGAACGGAGACAAAAAAUUCAAGUGCAGAUUUUGCCCUAAAUCUUACUCAAAGUCACAAGCCUUGGGGGGCCACAUGAAUGGUCACCACGAAGCGAGAGACUUAGAAAAGUGGAAGGAAUAUGAAAGACUUUGCCACAAGUAUCCAGCCGCCACCACAAACUCAAGCAGGCAAGGAAUAUCUUCUUGGGACCCUUUUCCUCAGAUGCAGAUACACCAUUUGUUGUGUGGGGCCUCCGCUGUAACGCAGCAAGCUUUGCGUAAAGAAGCAAUUGCUGGAGUUUCAGGGGUGCAGAGCGUUGGUGUGCUAGGACAGCAACAAAUUCACAAACCAGAACAAUCGUGGUCCAACAUGAAAACGCCUCGACACCAAAAUCAACCCCAAUUGACACACCAAUCACAAGGCCAACAAAACCAUCGCAGCUCACUGCAUCUGGAACCGUGGCAAUACGGCACUUCGGUGGGAGGAGGUGGUCAUCUGCCAAACAAUGCGUUUCAAAACAUACCCCACAAUCCCACGGCUCUUGGCCUUGAAGCUGUGGAUGUCAACUUCCAGCAGAAGGCGUCGAUGCAGGUGAUGUUUGGACUUAGCCUUGGUGCUCCGACAACAAUGGAAGCCCCCAGCUCGUCCAGAUUCCCACCCCACCAGAUGCUGAAUCCAGGCCUCAUGGGCUCUGAGUAUGUGUUUGAUGCGGGUCAUGGCAAUAACACAAGCUCUGCAGUCACGUCACACUCUCGUGUAAACUGUGCGAAUCCACAAUCCUUCCAGCAAGUGAUGCAUAGCUCCUCCCCACGUGCAAUUACGUAUCCUCCAAACCCUGGAGUGGUUUCUUCCCUCCGAUCAAUACCUGUACAAAUUGCACAAGACGCUCCCCCCUUCCCCCAACCAGCAUUCGACUGCACAACAUCGAAUCUCAUUCCACCGACUAGUCUCCGGCAUCUAGUGACGCGAGUGCCCAGUGGUGAUAUUCCAGUCCAAGUGCCGCAACAGCCACUGGAGGACGAGAGGGACACCAGUUUGCAAGGCAUUCAAACGACGUUCAGCUCCGAGCAGUCAAUGGGGGUUGAGAUAAUUCCCAAUCUUCCAGAACCAGCAUCCAACUCCGACAAAUUCGACGAUUCAUUCAAUUGGUUUGAAUGUUACGGAUUAGAGGGACAGGGAGGGUUGGAGGAGACCAUUCAUGAAAAGCCAUGGUUUAGAACCCCAAAAUAGGGUGAGAUGUCAUAUAGAUUGGAGUGCUACUCCUUUGUACACAUUCAGAAAUAAUAACGUGACCUACGCUGGCUGGGUAGCAAAGCAGGUACCCUGAACGAGCUUGCAUGAGAAAAGCACUUCUAGAGUUUGGCUCGCACCGAGUCUGAGAAAUGUCGCUCUUCAAGCUGGCGUAGUUGACGAGUGAACCUAUUGCUGUUCAGGAUAAUAAAUUUCCUUACCUAGCUGUAUUACACUUGUUAGCACCAAAAACAAACCUACACGAAAGUGACGAUGUAGUGAUUUCUGAAGUAUCCUGAAGAGAUAGGGAAAAGCAUUCCCAAGAGGAGCCACUGAUGGUCUCUCUCUGUACUAGCUAA